CCACUAAACGUUGCUCCCCAAAAGAUCGGACUUAGUCCGCCCUGGUAACGAAGCUCCAGUUCUCUAACCAUUCCUCCUUCAUCUGUGUGUGCGUAAUUGUUGUGUCUCCAAAUUGGUUUGUACAAACUGCACAGCAAUCUUUCGGUUCAAGUUUAAAAUAAUUUCUCUUCUUCACUCACAACGAAACCGCUUCUCGUCCCUGGUGAGGCUUCUAGGAUAGCCUGCGGCAGCACCACCGGGACCCGCGGCGCCACCUUUUCGUUCUCUGCCGGCAGUGACUCCGGUACAGGAAGACCGCCUGCCGUAUCGGCACCCCACUCAGUCGUCAUCUCAUAGCCGUUAUGGAUGUUGAAGAUGCACAGAGUGAGGUAUCAAUUUCUUCUGGUGUUUUCAAUUCUGCAUAUUCACAACAGAAUGAAGUUGUUUCUCCAGAAGAUCUUGCUUGGAUUGAUUCCUGCCUAACUGAAGAUCUUAAUGUUCCCGAAAGUAGUUGGAUCCAUGUGAAAAAUGCUUUAUUAGAAAUUAUCAGUUCCCAACCUCAAUCUUUUUACACUGGUAUAGAAGACACUGAAAUUCCCCCCUCUGCUGUUGAAAUUAAUCAGAAAUCGUCAACUUAUCAUGUGAACCAUUCAUUGGAGCCUUCUUCGACUUCUGAUGUUAACCCACUUACUCUAGCUGCAGAAAGUAGUGCCAAUGAGAAUCUAGAUAGUGAAGAGAGAGUGGCUUUGCAAUCUUUAAGUCUUCAUGGAAAUCCCUUUCGGCCAACUUAUAAUGAAGACUCAAAGGAGAAUGAAACCUUUGAUUUCAGAAUUAAUCUGGAUUCUUCUGCUUAUGAUGUGGAGGACAUGUCUGAGAAUAUUUUCAAGAUAUGGGAUUUGGACGUCCAAUCCGAAGAAGGUGAACUUGUUAAACAGUUGGAAAAAGCCCUUUCAGAGAGUCCCUUGCAAAUGGUUCCAUCAUCUUCCGAAAAUUCAGGGAAGUGGAAGGAUUUCUCACUUGAUGAUCUUAUUGGUGGUAUGACUGAUUUGUCUAUAGAUAAUUAAGUAUGAUGUUAGAUGAUUUAUUUCGUGACAAUUCUUCUGUUAAGUUAUAUUUAUCCUACUCUUAAUUACCAAUGUUAAAAGUUUAAAA